ACGCUUCAUUUGAUUUCCAAAUAAACACAGGGGACCCAAUCCCCAUCCACAAUCUGCUAGUCUUCUCUACUGUUGGUACCUAUUUCAAAAUCCUCACUUUCCCUAAUACCACCAUAAAACGAAGCUAACCUACCACUACUACUACAGAGAAACACACACACACAAAAAGAUUCCUCAAUUCAUUUUUUUCAAAGACAAACUAAAAUCCCAUUUUCUUUUUUUGCAUAUCAUAAACCAACAUGCCAUCAGGUGCCAAGAAACGAAAAGCUGCUAAGAAAAAGAAACAGUUACAAGCAAAAGAACCCUCUCUUCUUUCUCACUCUCAUGGUGAGGAAGAUUUGAAACAUGAUGAUAAAGAGAGUGAUAGUGAGGGUGGUGGUUCCCCUUCAUCACAAGAUAACCAAAAUCAUCAAAACCAGUUCACUGAAGGGGAGGUAGAAAAGGGGUAUAAGCAAUUGGAUGGUUCACACGAUCGGUCGAUUCAUGAGAAUGAAUUCAAUGGGGUGAAAAAUGAAGGCGCGGAAGUGGAGAUCGUCGGAAAUGAAGAUGGAGGUUCUGUUCAGGUUGAAAGGGAAUUGAAAGUUAAAGGUGAAUCUGAGAGCCAGAAGAUAAAUGUCGAAUAUGUUGAACCCGUUGUUGAGUCUGAAACAGGAGGGUUGCGAAGGAGUUCCAGUAGCAGCAGCAGUAGUAGCAACAGCUCAGUAGAAAAACAUGCUGUUGCUGAUAAGAAUGAUAGUGUGGUUGAUGGUGCUCCAGCUGUUGAAUUAGUUAAAGAUAAUGAAUCUUUGCCUGAUAAGGUUGAUAUUGUGGUAGAGAGUGCUCCAGUUGUUGAAUUAGUGAAAGAAAAUGAAUCUUUGCCUGAUACACAAGUUGCGGAUAGCCUUGUGGGAACAGCAUCUACAUCCAAUUUGGAUAAGGCUGCAAUAUCAGAAGACGUAGUUCAAGUGACAACAAGUGCUUCAAAUGCUGAUAAUUUGACGGCAUCUACUGUUGAACCUGUGGUGAAGGGAAAAGAGGAAGAAAAUCUGUGUGUUGUGGAUGAGAAAGGUACAGCUUCAGAUACUGUUGUGGAAAAUUGCGAGGAAAAUUUGGGUGCUAUAGUUGACAAAGCCACAGUUUCAGAAGUUCUGGUGGAAACAGCAUCAGAGAAAAGAGAUGAAGCAGCUAGUGCAGUAUCGAAUGGUAAUGCUUUAGCAAAUACAGAUGCAAAGGCUUCUGCCACCCCAGAAAAUGAAGCCAAAAUAGAGGCACCCCACAAUGCUCCUAAAAUUGAUGCCGGUGUUUGUGCAGAUAAUGUGAAAGACUCUCCAGCUCUCCACGAGCAUCAGUUAACGGCGUUGUCUCCACGACCAGUGCAGACAACUUCCUGGAAGAGUUGCUGCGGCUUGUUUGAGUUGUUUGCUGGAUCAAAUAGAUAAAUUGAG